AUGUCCCCCGUGGACAGCGCGCCCGAGACGAAUGCCUCGAAGCGCAAGGCCGAUGUCGACGAGAUUGAAGUCGAUCUCGAGGCCCCAGAGCCGCCGUCGAAGCGCGCCCGUCGUGCGAUGAAAAAGGGCAAAAGCGCGACAUCGAAAUCGAAAAAGGACAACGACAUUGACGACCUCGAAGAGGACGAGACCACCGACAAGAAGGACGACAAAGCGGUUGCGCGCUCCGAGCACGGUGUCUGGAUCGGCAACCUGCGCUUCAGCGUGACACCACAGGAGCUACGCAAGUGGCUCAUUGACAACUCGGGCGGCGUCCUCACCGGCGACAUGAUUACGCGACUGAAGCUGCCGCUGUCUAAGACGCCCGGCCGCGACAAGAGCGCCGCACCCAUCAACAAGGGAUUCGCCUACGUCGACUUUUCCGACAUUGGUGGCAAGGUCGCCGCCAUUGCGCUGUCAGAGACUGAGUGGAACGGCCGCCGCCUGCUGAUCAAGGACUCGAAAUCUUUCGAGGGCCGUCCCAAGAAGGAGCCCGAGGCCAAAGAGGAUGGCGAGGGUGGCCGCAGCGGGACCCGAGGCCAGCCCGCCGUGGACCCCAACGCCAGCCGCAAAAUCUUUGUCGGCAACAUGAGCUUCAAGACGACCGAGGACGACGUGCUGCGUAACUUUGAAAAGUGCGGCGAGAUUGAGUGGGCCAAGGUCGCCACGUUUGAGGACACGGGCAAGUGCAAGGGCUACGGCUGGGUCAAGUUCAAGGACCCCGAGGCCGCUGCCUGGGCCGUCAAGGGCUUUGUCAAGAUCAAGGAGGCCGUCGAGACGGAGGACGAUUUCCGCGACGACGACGACAAAGUCAAGAGCGGGGAUGAGGAUGAGGAUGAGGACGAGGACGAGGAGAAGGAAAAGAAGAAGAAGAAGAACAACGGCCAGCAGCAAAAGCAGUUCAAGACGCGCAAGUGGUACGUGAACCGCAUGCUCGGACGCGAGCUCAAGCUGCAGCUGGCCGAGGACGACCAGGCCCGCUACAGGAAGCGCUUCGGCAAGGACAGGCCGGCCAACGCCCGCGAGGGCGCUGGUGGCCAGCGCGGACCGCGUGAGGGCGGCGGUGAGAGGAGACAGCAGCACAAGAAGGCCGAGACGGCAGAGGACAUCCAGACGGCGCGACUGACUGGUAGAGUCGUCGAGUCUACAGGUACCAAGGUUACGUUUGAUUAA